AACGCUGCGUUGUUUGCUUGUUAUCAGCCCACCUUCGUUCGCCGUCGGAGUUCUUGUUCUCUCGUUCCAGAUCUGUCUCUCUCUUAACUUUAACGGGCUCCUGAAUCCAUUUCACCGGCUCUUCAACUUCGCAACCACCGUCACUCACCGUUUUCAUCAGAAAAAAGAGUACUUGAUUCUGAUUGGAGCCGCCGAACAUGGUGCUGGUAUCGGCCGUACGUGAUUACAUCAACCGGAUGUUGCAUGACAUCUCGGGCAUGAAGGUCCUUAUCCUCGAUUCUCAAACGGUUAGUAUAGUUAGUGUUGCAUACUCCCAGUCAGAGCUUCUUCAGAAAGAAGUAUUCUUGGUAGAGUUGGUAGAUUCCAUUUCCAAGUCAAAAGAAUCAAUGUCACAUCUUAAGGCGGUUUUCUUCCUCCGACCCACAUCAGAGAAUAUCCACCACUUGCGGCGCCAGCUAGCUAGUCCUAGAUUUGGAGAGUACCACCUAUUUUUCUCCAACAUGUUGAAGGAUACACAGAUUCAUAUUUUAGCUGAUUCAGAUGAACAGGAAGUUGUCCAGCAGGUUCAGGAAUUCUAUGCGGACUUUGUAGCAAGUGAUCCUUUCCAUUUCUCUUUGAAUGUGCCAUCAAAUCACCUUUAUAUGCUUCCAGCAGUUGUAGAUCCUUCGAAUUUGCAGAACUUCUGUGACCGAGUCGUUGAUGGCAUUGCAGCUAUUUUUUUGGCAUUGAAAAGAAGACCUAUUAUUCGAUAUCAAAGGACCUCUGAUAUUGCUAAGAGGAUAGCACAGGAAACGACAAAACUGAUGUACCAGCAGGAAAGUGGGCUUUUUGACUUCAGGCGAACAGAAUUUUCUCCAUUGUUGCUGGUAAUUGAUAGGAGGGAUGAUCCUGUGACCCCGUUGCUGAAUCAGUGGACGUACCAGGCAAUGCUUCAUGAGUUGAUAGGUAUUCAAGACAACAAGGUGGAUUUGAGAAGCAUUGGAAAAAUCCCGAAGGAUCAACAGGAGGUUGUGUUGUCAUCAGAACAAGAUGCCUUCUUCAAAGCUAACAUGUAUGAGAAUUUUGGAGAUAUUGGAAUGAAUAUCAAGCGGUUGGUGGAUGAAUUUCAGCAGAUUGCAAAGAGUAACCAGACCAUCCAGACAAUAGAAGACAUGGCCAAAUUUGUUGACAACUACCCUGAGUACAGAAAAAUGCAUGGUAAUGUUUCAAAGCAUGUGAGUUUGGUCACAGAAAUGAGCAAGAUCGUUGAAGAGCACAAACUUAUGUUAGUUUCGCAAACAGAACAGGAUUUGGCUUGCAAUGGUGGUCAAGUGGCAGCUUUUGAGGCAGUGACUAAUCUUUUAAACAAUGAAAGCAUAUCUGAUAUUGACUGUCUACGCUUGGUGAUGUUGUAUGCUUUGCGCUAUGAGAAGGAAAGCCCUGUUCAAUUGAUGCAGCUUUUCAACAAACUGGCUUCUCGGUCUCCCAAGUACAAGCCUGGGCUUGUCCAGUUCCUCUUGAAGCAAGCGGGUGUUGAUAAACGAACUGGGGAUCUUUAUGGAAAUCGGGAUCUUCUGAAUAUUGCUCGUAACAUGGCUCGUGGACUGAAGGGGGUUGAGAAUGUGUACACUCAGCACCAACCUCUUUUAUUCCAAACUAUGGAAAGCAUUACCAAGGGACGGUUGAGAGAUGCGGACUAUCCGUAUAUUGGCAAUCACUUUCAGCAGGGCAGCAGGCUUCAGGAAGUAGUGAUAUUCAUUGUUGGAGGGACAACAUAUGAAGAAUCACGUUCUGUUGCACUACAAAAUGCAAGCAAUUCUGGAAUUCGCUUUAUUCUUGGUGGUUCUGUGGUUCUGAAUUCUAAGAGGUUUCUGAAGGACUUGGAAGAAGCUCAGAGGAUAGCUCGUUCUAGCCCUGCUGUGGUGUGAAGCCUGCCAUAUUUAGCACAGCUCGAGUACCAGUUGGAUUAAUAUUUGUGGCUUUACACAGGGAGUUCGGCCCAGUUGGUAAGAGGAGUUUGAUGGGAGAUCAACAUAAUCGAUCCAAAGUUCCUAAGCAAGAUACACUCAAUAUUCACCAAUCUGCAUAGGAAUAAUCAGUCAAUAGGUUCUGAGUAGACAAGUCACAAAAACCAAGUAGCAAUUAGAAAAGAUUUUAGCCGAGCAUAAUGAUAAAGAAUUUAUUGACAAGAACCAAUUUUUGGAUAACCAAAUAUCGCCCAAUUUCUCUAUAACAUAUUGUAAAAUCAUAUACCCUUAUUCUUUUUAUGUAAAUGCUUGAUGAUAUAUCCAUUUUGUAGCAA